UUUGUUUCGCGACCUCCCGUAUGUUCCACUCGUUUGCACUGCACAAUGAUACGACAUGAUGAUGAUUCCAAUUUAAGUUCCGGUACAUGUUAUACUCUGUAUUUAGAAUAUUUAGGUGGCUUGGUGCCACUUCUAAAAGGCAAACGUACAUCGAAAAUACGUCCAGAGUUCGUUAUAUUUGAUCCACAAGUGAACGAUUCUUCAGUAUUUUUCCAAUAUUCGCCAGAUUCAAAAAGUUCCUCUGGUUCAAGUCAAUCUACUACAACGGGUAAUAGCGGACGUACUGAUUCUUCUGAUAGUGAGUAUGAAGAUCGUUGUCGUGGUUCACCCCGCACACCGCGUAAGCGUAAAAUAAGACAGAAAAAACGGCCUACAGGUAAUACAGAUAGAACUACAGGUUCUGGAGUAACAAAUGAUCCGGAUAGCUUGGAUGAACUUGCCUAUGUAGACACAUUACCCGAGGAAGUCAAACUGGUUGAAGUUACCUCAAAUAUUUGGGGUACUAAAUUCAAAAUUCAUGGACUUGCUAAAACCGUCCCAGCCAAUUUAGGCCAAGUAACAUAUAAAACGUCCCUGCUGCAUUUGCAACCCCGGCAAAUGACUUUAGUCAUAACCGAACUACGCGACGAUUUUCCACUUGGGCCCGAUCCAAAUUUUAAUCCAAACCUCUUCUCUGAGGAUGAAGAUGAAGCUAUAGCAGCACACAACGCCAAUGGAUUAAACAGCAGUUUGCCAAAAAACUCAACAGCUACAAAUGAGCCUUUAACAAAACCUCCUAGCAUAGCACAUCGACGACUCAAUGAAAGCGCUCCACCUAUAGCACCAAUGUCACCUCGACCUAAUCGUUUACUGACACGACAUAAAAACUCAUUAAACGGUAACAAUCUUACAGGUAGUAUGGGUAUGAGUCCAUUAGCCAGAGCUGAGUCUUAUGAUGACGACUCUUCCAAUGAACAACUGGAAGCAAAUAACAAUAGUGCUAUUCAAGCUUCAACAUCGACUGUUGCUGUACUUCACAAUACUACAAAUGGUACAACUAAUAAUAAAAUUUCGCGUCCAAAAAAUAUAACAACAACAACACCUGGUUCUCGUUCUGGACCUGGACCAGGAUAUAGUAGUUUUAAAAAUAAUUAUAGUCGUUCAAGUUCAAAUUCUAGUUGUCAGUCACGUCAUGCGAUAUCACCACUCUAUUGUGAUGGUUCCGUCCCUACAUUACAAUCACCAAAAAACGCGGUGGCUCCCACUGAUAUUAUAUUUGAACGGCCGGCAGUUUCGGGAGCCGGCCAAACCACUUUAAUGUCAUAUUCAUGUAAUGCGGAUUACGCGAAUAAUGUAGUUCAAGUUAAAAAUGCCAUAAUGUCCGAACCCAUACGAUCUGCAAAUAGUCAUGUUAAUCCCGUACCAUUAAAUCUUAAUUUAAAUCUAGAACGAAUGGAUCCAAAAAUUAAAUCAGUGGCAAAUUGUGCGAAAAAACGUGAUAUACUUUUUAUUGAUGAAGAGUACCAAUCACCUACACAACAAAGUGGUGGCGCAGCAGCUGUUAUGCCCGGUACAAGCAAUGAAAUGCGUAUGAAGCGCACGCCAACUGUAGUCUCCAUAGCACCGGCCUUACCAGACUCGAUAACGCGAAGUUGUAGUGUUGGUUAUUUAGACUCAGUGGCAAUUACACCGUCCGAUGAAGCACUAUCAGCGUUACGAAAAGACGCACCUCAUAAGCGACUAAUAUUGGUUGACAACAAAAAAAAUCGUAAGAAACGCAGCAAUAAUGAGGAUCUGCGAAAACCUAAGUUACAUCAAACAGGCAAAUCGAAGAGCUUGGAUUCAUGCGAUUUAUUGUUCGCCCAAACAAAACUCUCCAAGAAUGACAAUGAGAAAGUUUUACAGAAACUGCGUGAAAUAUCGGAGAGCAGCGCUUGCAGUAGUGCUGCCAAUACUCUUUGCUUUAAGUGUCGCAACAAUAUGAAUCCCAACGAACCGUGCAAGCGUUGUCAACGCGCUUUAGGAACAACAACAAAAGAUGAUAUUACUACCUUAGAGAUAAGCGCUAAACCGACACCAGUAAAGACAGUUAUAAACAAGAACGUACAUCUAUUUGAUAAUAUCUGUAAACAGCAGUCCCAAAAAAUUGAAACACCAGUCAAAAAGCGUUUGGACAUAAUCACCAGUUUCACCGAUAGCCCACUCUUCACACGCAAACACCGUUUCGGGAACUAUCGUAACAAAGAAGUGACUAAUGGUGAAACAAACGGAGACUCUGCGAACACCACAACCACAUCGAACACUUUCAGCUUAGUGAAGCAAUUGUCGGAAGUACGCUGGAGACGAAAGGAAGCACAAAAUAAUGGACAGAACUCAAAUCAACAACAUACUGCUAAUCUGAAUCAGACAGCACAACAACAGCAAACACAUAGUAACGGAUCUAACACAAAUGGGAAUGGUACUACAAUCGAAGCGACACCUGUGGAAACUAAAACGUCCGUUUCUCUUCAUACACAAGCAUUGACAACUUUAGAAAAUAUCAUAAGUCGCUUACGUGAUCUGGAUGAAGGUCGUUUUACGCCACCAGCUUCACCUCAAAGAAUGCCACGCAGUUCUCCAGCAUCACCUGCCGCCAGUAAAAAGAACAAACGUCACCAAAGUAGUUCGCCUAUUAGGAAUAUACUGAAUUCUCCACUACUUAAUCGUAGGCAACGCAAAAAACAAACAAUUAUAGAGAGUUCAGAUGAUGAGGCUAAUUUAACUAAUGGAUCAGGUGAAGAAAAUGGUGGCAACAAUGGUUGCAGUAAGCAAUACCGUGAUUUGGAGACAUUUCAAAAGGCACAAUUAAGACAAAAGUUGAAACGUGGUAAAAUUGAACCGAAUGGUUUGUCCAAUUGUUCCAACCCAGCACCAGUGCGGAGAGAAUUUGUUAUGCAUAAUAAAGCGCCAAUGUGGAAUGAAAUGAGUCAAGUAUAUCAAUUGGAUUUUGGAGGACGUGUUACACAAGAAUCGGCAAAAAAUUUUCAAAUCGAAUUUAGAGGGAAACAAGUUAUGCAGUUUGGACGUAUCGAUGGCAACGCCUAUACACUGGAUUUUCAGUAUCCCUUCUCUGCAUUACAGGCGUUCGCUGUGGCUUUGGCAAAUGUCACUCAACGCUUAAAAUAAAUACGCUUCCCUUUAUGAUAUUUUAAAAUUUCAUUCCUAUUAAAUGUACAUAAAGUAUCAAAUCACAGGAAUACAAAAACAUUAUGAAGUUCACAAAAUAAACCAAUGGUUGCAAAAAUGCUCUCGUGUAAACGCAAAAAAAAAUUUUAUUUAUUUAAAGGACACAUUUGCUAUAUACAAUAUUCAAUCGCCAAGUACCAUUUAUGCAGUGGUUUAAAGCCAGCUUUUUAAUUAUUUUUUAAAAUAAAUUAAAAUAAGGAUAUUUGUA